AUGAAGAUCGUCUUCAUCACCACCUCCGCCGCCAUCGUCUGGUACAUGCGCCGCCACCCGCAGGUGCGCCGCACCUACGACCGGGACCAGGACACCUUCCGCCACCUCUUCCUCGUCGCCGCCGCCUUCGCCUUAUCUUAUUUGUAUGUGACCACCUUUUCUGAGAAACAUAUAUGCUGGGCAUUUUCGAUUUACCUGGAGGCAGUGGCGAUUCUACCUCAGUUAGUCCUACUCCAGAGAAGCAGAAAUGUCGAUAACUUGACUGGACAAUAUGUUCUCUUUCUCGGGGCCUACCGUGCAUUCUACAUUCUAAACUGGAUUUACCGUUAUUUCACGGAGGGUCACCAAAGCAGAUGGAUCCCCUGGAUUGCUGGUUUGGUCCAAACUGGUCUAUACGCAGAUUUCUUCUACUACUAUUUCUUGAGUUGGAAGAACAACGUGAAGCUCGAGCUGCCUGCCUGA